AUGCCAGUUGCUGCCUCGAGUUCGCGGGUGGUUGUGCAUUUGGAAGACCACAGCGAGCUUUACGGCAAGUUUUAUGUGUACGAAGAUGAAGAAGUCGCAGCCCGAUCGGUCAAGUCCAAGAACUUCAUCACCAAGGUGAUGUUUCUUGCUGCAGUGGCACGACCGCGGUACAACCCCUCCACCAAGGUGAGCUUCGAUGGUAAGAUCGGGGUCUGGCCAUUCGAUGAAGUGGCCCGAGCCAUUCGAGGCAGCAAGAAUCGGUCCAAGGGAGCCCCUGUUACUGUUCCAAAAAAUGUCAACGGUACGGUGUACAAGGCGUUUAUUUUGGGGAGAGUUGUGCCUGCCAUCAUCAAGAAAUUUCCCCCUGAUGACCUGUCGCGUGGUGUCCGAAUCCAACAGGACAAUGCAAGUCCUCAUCGACAAGUCACGACGGUGUUGCGUGCCGCUGGAGUCGAAAACAUUGGUGAUGAAUCAAGCGUUGAAGGAGCACUCCUUCAGUUGGGCAAUCGCCUUGGAGAAGAGUCUCAUCUCGAGAAGCUGGUCAAUUCCCAAGAAGCAGUAGACUUUGAAUAA